CAGUCGAGUUUUUGCCUUGCGCUGAUUAACACACAUUUUUCACCGCGCGCGCGAGACUCUCGGAACGACGUCAAACGUCUGCCACUGACAGCCCGCGGGGUCGCACUUUUUCGGAGUUUCGGAUUGUGAUUUUGUUGCGCGGUUAGAACACGUUCUCGCGCGAGUAGAGGGUGCGCGCGAAGAACAAUAUGAGCGCGCGUGUGACAGUUUGAGGAUUAACCGGCCUGCUUGGUUGUUUUUGUUCGUUGUGUGCGAUCGUCAAGUGAAUUUCUCGAAGAGCUUUCGGCGCCACUCGGAAGUGGUGAUCCAAGUGUGCGGCGCGUGUGAAGAUUUUGGAUUUUUUUUGACGCGCUCGACUGCGCGCUCGAACCCGGAAUAGAACAGCGGACCAGAAGGUUGCAAACCUUGCGCUCGCUACACCCGCGCACACAAAUUCGGUUGUAGUACACCACACUCUUUUUUCAUCGCUCGAGUCAUCCGAGUGCUUUUCUGUUGUUAUGCGAAUAAUUUUUUCGCUAUAUACCACAUAAAAAAGACCCGUGUCCCUCCCCCGCCCUCCCGGGAUCGAACCCACGAUUCUCGGCUUGACUCGUCGUAAAAUUCGUCGUACGUGAGAGCUUGCGGCGACCAACUUUUUUGAAACGCGAUUUUUUUUUCGGGUUCUUUUCGGCUCUGUGUGUUGGAGAGUAGUCGGCAAACCAAAAAAAAAAAAGAGAACGAAGAGAAAAAAGAUUCAGACAUCCCACGGCGAAACGAAGCGAAAAAAAAGAAGGAAAAUUCGCUCAGUGUGACGUGUACGUGUGACAGUGCAUGUGUUUUUUGGGAGAAACGACAGAAAAGUAAAAAAAAAGUAAAAAAGAGGAAAGGUACGGUGUGUUCUCGAGAGGAAAAACGGUUCUCGGCGUAGAGACACACACACACCCACAAACACGGUUCGGUUUAUCGACCGAAAGGAAAAAUAAACAAUUUGAAAAACUUCAAAGUGAUAAGGCAGGAAGUAAACAGAGCGAGCGCGCCAGACUUGUCUACCCCCAAUGCGGUGGUUGCCAUAUCGUAGCAAGCGUUGUUGAUGAGGUUGCUGAUCUGACAGCAUCCUCACGGCCUAGUAGAGCUUCGGCAAUCUGUCCUCCUUCUUUCCACCGCCCGCGUCCCGGACCGACUCCGGUAACGGCUCCAAAAUUCUGUCCAUACAACAUCACCACCACCCCCACCAUCCGCCAACCAGCGGCACCCUGGAGGGCAGAACGAUCGAGUACCGGCCCGGUGGCGGGCUGGACUACCACAACUCCCCCCUCAUGGCGGAAAUCCCGACCGGGGACUACAGCCACCUGCACCGCUCGAUCGACCAGCUGCGCUCGAUGAACGAGCGUGGCGUCUUUGGCCAGCUGAACGCCCUGUCGGCGGCCAACUCGACCGAUCUGAGGUCCGCCAUCGUCCACGACUACAAACCGUACAUCAGCGACCUGCACCGCCAGCAACAGCAACAACAGCAGCAGCAGCAACAACAACAGCAACACCAGCAACAGCAGCAGCAGCAAUCUGACAGCAGGCUCGACUAUGCCGCCGUUGUGCACAAGCAGGCGCUGGAGGAGCACGCGAGGGCGGCGGCGGCGGCCGCAGCCGCGGCCAACAACAACAAUCAGGAUCCGGCCGAUUUGAGGCACGGUGGUGCCCUGCAGGACCAGGACCAGAAGCCGCAGCUGCACUACAGUGCACCAUCGACGCCGCCGACGCCGCUGUCGAUUACGGAAGCGCAGAUGAACGAGAGCAAGAGAUACGGAGCUAAGGCGAGCCGCAAUCGGAAGAUCUUCGCCAACAAGGGCGACCUGGCGCUGCACGGCGGCCAGCUGCACAUGCGCGAAACCAAACCGUACAAGUGCUCCCAAUGUACAAAGGCGUUCGCCAACUCGAGCUACCUGUCGCAGCACACGCGGAUACACCUCGGCAUCAAGCCGUACCGCUGCGAGAUCUGCCAGCGCAAGUUCACCCAGCUGAGCCACCUGCAGCAGCACAUACGGACGCACACGGGCGACAAACCGUACAAGUGUCGCCACCCGGGCUGCCCGAAGGCGUUCUCGCAGCUGUCGAACCUGCAGUCGCACUCGCGCUGUCACCAGACGGACAAGCCGUACAAAUGCAACUCCUGCUACAAGUGCUUCACGGACGAGGCGUCCCUGCUGGAGCACAUACCAAAGCACAAGGACUCGAAGCACCUGAAGACGCACAUCUGCCAGCUGUGUGGCAAGUCGUACACCCAGGAGACGUACCUGGCCAAGCACAUGCAGAAGCACGCGGAGAAGGAGGAGAAGCGCCGGAACCGGGGGCAGAACAAUAACAACAACAACAACAACAGUAGCAAUAGCAACAACAACAACAACGCGGCCAACGCUGGAAAUGCGGGAGCUGGCGCCGCGGCCAUUUCGGCGGCGGAUGCCGCGGCAGGACUUGCCGGACUGGCAGGCCUCGGGUUGAACCGGAUGGGCGGCAUGGUCGGCAAUGCGGCGGCGGCCGCAACUCUCGUUGCUGCUGGCGCAGCCGGCGAACACCCCUACUGGCCCAAGGUCAGCCCCGACUCGGCGGCAUCCCUAGCCGAGGCCAUGCAGCAACAACAGCAGCAGCAGUACGACUUUGCCCUCCAACAGCAGCAGCAGCAGCAGCAGCAACAGCAACAACAACAGCACGGCGGAAGUGGCGGCCCCAACUCUGCCAAUGACCAUCACCGUAGUUUGAACAACGCCGCCAACAGCUCCGCCAACUCGGACGACAUGGGCGAAGACCUGGUCGUGAUCCGGCAAAACCCCCAACAGCAGCAGCAGCAGCAGCACGUUCAGCAGAACGUCCAAACGCCCACCUCGUCCGCGGCCGCGAGCACGUACGACACGUCCAAGGCCCCACCCGCCAUCACCACCAACUCGGCGUUCACGCCCAUCCAGGCGAUGCCGCCGCACCUGAACGCGUCCCUCGCCGCCCACCACCACCAGCAGCUGGCGGCGGCUUCCCAGCGGCCGAGCUACCUGUACGAUGCCAUCAACUUCCAGAACCAGAAGCAGGUGGUGGGCAACGCGGCGGCGGCCGCAGCCGCGGCAGUCAACUUCCCGAACCAGCUGAUCUCGCUGCACCAGAUCCGGAACUACGCGCACCAGCCGUCGGCGGCGGCGGCCGCGAGCGGGCUGAUCGCGGGCGAGCACCUGCUUGGGAUGGGCAAGAGUGAGAAGCAGUAGGGUGGUCACAACUUAAGGGGGGGGAUCCUUUGUCCGUUGCGGGUUCAAUCUGGAUGAAAACAUGGGGGGCACUCCGGGGAGGAUGCGAUCGCGGCCCCUUAAAUGAACAAUGUACAAAUUAUUCUAAACGGGAAUGGAUUGCGGGGCGAUCGGUGCGACCCGGAGUGUCCUCUCGGGAAUUUUUGGUGGUUUUAGAGGUUUGAAAUUUGUAUCUUGUAAUGAAGGUACUCCGUUGUAAGUUUUAAUACCUGUAAAAUAAGUUGUAUUCUAAUAAAAUUAUUCCAAUUAGAACAUUACAAAAUGUUUCUUCACAAAAUUCUAUUUGGUCCAUUUUUAUUUCCAAGACAAUAUUUUCAAAAUAUUGAUGAUUUAUGCCCCGAAAAAAUAAGGAUAAUUUGUAUCAGUAUUUACCCACGCUGAUACAGGUUAUAUUUUCCGUAACUUCGUAGCCGGCCUGCAGAUAUUGGAUUGUAAGCACACACGCACUUUUUGAUUGUUUUGAAACCAAGAACUAAAAUUGAUAUCAUUCAGUAUAAAAAUUAAACAAAAAUCAUGCUUAAGGACCUAUCAGACUAUGGCAAACAAACCAACUCGCACUUUUUGACAGCUGGAGAGUUUGUCUGCUUUGUUUGUUUGACGAAACGUCAGACUGCAUAUUUUUUUUUUGUUUGCGAGUUUUCCGCAAACUAUCAAACACAAAAAAGUGCGAGUUUUUUUAUUUGUUUGUCAUAGUCCAAUAUCUCCUUAAGACAAAAUUCUUUUGGAACCCCGAUCGCACAGGACUUCAAGUUCAACGCGGGGUUCCAAAUUACUGUGGGUUUAAGUUGCGUGUCUCAGUCAUGAGGUUGAUUUACAAACGGGACGCAUGAACCUUUUGUAAACAAAUCCGAUUUUCAAUCUUGUUUUUGACAAAUUAACAAAAAAACAUUUUUCAUAAUGGCUUGACAUUGUUCUUUGUUCCACGUCCUUUAAAUCUAGAGUUUUAUUUGAAAAGGUCCUACAAACAUAGGUUUUUCCAUGUUUAUAGGACCACUUCGAAAAAAACACAAGAAAUGCACUUUGUUUUAGAUUUCUAAAAAUGCCAAUUAGUAUCAAUGGCUCUUUUGUCCUUUUGAAAACUAAUCUAGAGGUAAACAAACCCACUGAGACUUUCGACUCGAGAUCGAGCCUCAAUCGAGUCGAGGCUCGAACCAAAAUUCUCAGUGGGAAUCAUUGAUGGUUUGCAGAUUUUCGAUACAGAAUCUGCAAAUAGAUUUACAGAUUUCUGAACAAAAAAUCAUACACUCAAACCCCGAUGGUUUGACACCAACUGUUGUCAAACAAACGGGGUCACAUUUUAGUUUGACACCCCUUUUACACGGAGUUCACACACCCUACCAAACGUUUGUUU